CCUCGAUCAGCCUGUCCUGUCGCCACUCGGUCCCUUGCCGCCGCCACGUCUUUCUCAGCCCAGAUGAACAGAUAAAUAGGCCAUAUCCCAGCCUGACCAAACCAACAUCAUCUUCAGUCCUCUCCCUUUCUCUCGAGCACCCAGCUGUCUUCCUAUCCAAUACCGCACAACACAUCCCAGCAAGCGCCCACACUAACAAAUCUAAACCAAUGAAGUUCUCCACCUGUGCCCUCUUGAUCUCGGCCGCAAUCGCCACCGUCGCAUCCGCCGCGCCUAUGGCUGCUCGAGUGCCUACGCACACAGGCACGAGGACAAAGGCGAAUAUCGGGUCGUCCUCUGUUAUCGCCAAGCGCCAUUGCGGCGAGUGCAGCCACAAGGACCAAGAAGCCCUGGAUCUCAUUAUCGACGUGUCAGCGAAGCAUUAUGCCAAUAUUGCUCAAACUCGCCUCGACGACCUGGUGCGCGACCUGACGACUUCCAGGGUCACCAGCAGCACGAAGGGGCUGGGCAAGAAGAAGUCCGUCCUGGACACUACGAUCCAGUCCAAUAUCGAGAAGGCUAAGGAGGAUUGCUCGUCCGAGGCACUUGCUCGUGUGAUCAAGACGACUGUCACAUCCGAUGCCGACAUGGACAUUCCGUGGUCCAAGGAAGAGGAGGUUGAGAAGAUAAUGAUGGAGCUGGAUAGCAAGAUCACUCAGGUGAUGCUUGAGCAUAUCCAGACCAACAUCAAUGCCGAGGAUCUGUCCAAGGACUGCACAGAGAAGAUGACCAAUACAGAGAUUGCGCCAGCGCCUGCCAAGGAGGAGUUUUCCGUAGAUUCAUCCCCAUCUAUGUCUGAGGCGCCAGCCGCCGAAGCGCCGGCCCCCGAAGUAUCAACCUCCAACACUCGCGCUCCUGAAGCUGAGGCUUCUGCUUCCAUGCCUGAGGCUCCUGCUGCUGAACCUGAGGCUCCUGCUUCCAUGCCCGAAGUCCCUGCUGCUGAGCCUGAAGCUCCUGCCUCUAUCCCUGCGACCACUGCUCCCAUGCCCGAGACAUCUGCUCCUGCUCCACAGGAAACAACUGAGUCUACCGAUGGCAAGAACGAACCCAAGGUGAGCAUUAACAAUGCGAGCACGAUCGACCCCAAGUUUGUGUGCAAGUCCGGAUGCAAGGACUUGGAUGAUGCCAAGGCGGUACUGGACCUGCGAAAGAACCUCGAGGAGGAGUUUGCACCAGUCCUGGACAACUUUUACAAGUACAAAGUGCUUACCGACUGCUCGAGAAGACGUGGCGAGUUCUUCAUUGGUAUCAGGGCCUUGCACAGACAUUAAAGGCCGAUGCGAUGCAAACACCAAGCCUGACAUGGACACCAGCACCAAUAUUUUGGUUAGCAUCAAGGUCUCCAACUAGAGAGACAAUGCUUGUCCUGUCUAGAGCCGGUAGUACUACUUUAUAUUAAUCUAAUAAAUGCAUAUUAAGAGUUGCGUCCGGA